CACCGUUGUACCUUAUCUUGUGUAGUUAUACUUAACAUAACGACACGGAGGGGGAAAUCUGUAAGUGAAAAUGAUCAUUCAACACUUUCCCGUUCUACUGGGAGUUCUCCUUGCGUUGAUUGCCGAUGGCGAAGAGACGCCUUGUGGAAAGGGCUGGGUCCCUUUUCAGGCUUCCUGUUAUUUAUUUAAAGACGAAACUGAGAACUGGGCAUCCGCUGAGUACAUUUGCUCUGAAUUACGAGGGAAGCUCGUCGAGAUUGAAUCAUCUGUGGAAAACAGAUUCGUAAAAACCCAAAUAGACCACCGUCAUAGAAACCAUUCCUUUGACAACGUAAACUACUGGAUCGGAGGAACGGACCUUGAAGCAGAGGGCUCUUUUCUUUGGGUCAAAACAAGGGCCCCUUUUACUUUUACUGACUGGCAUCCCAGUCAACCAAACGGUGGCAGUGAAGAUUGUGUCGCUUUCAACUGUUUCACGGACUCUACGAUCCAGUGGCACGAUUUCACCUGUAAACACAUGUUUUACUACAUCUGUGAGAAGGAAUUGAGUGAUGGUGAUUUGAUCAAUAUAAUUGGAUGAGAAGACGAUAAAUGUAUGCAGAGUCAAUGCACGUGUAUUUGAUACAUACCUGUAUAAGUGUUUAUCUACUCUAAAUUAACAUUUUAGAAUGGAAAUGAGCUACAGUAUACAUCUGUACACGACAGAGAGAGUUCAUUAAAUAGACAGUCAUUCCAUAUUCUGAAUAAGGGUAAA